CGGCCUCCCGGCAUGGGCGCCCCUGCGGUGCGGAGCAGCUCCCCGCCGGCUGGUGCGCGACCGCGGAAGGCGGGGGUGCAGAGGCGAGCAGAGCUCGGCGGGCCAGGCUUCCACCAUGGACAGAAGCCAGCCCUGGUCCCUCUCUCGUGUCCCAGCUCCUUCUGCCAGGCCCUGGGGGCCCAAGGGAUGGUUGACUGUUGUCCGAGGUCUGUUGGUUCAUCCAGACUGGGCUCCCUGAGGCUGCCAGGAAGAGCCCCUGACCAACCACAGGAUACUCGCCUGGUGCGGUUGUCCAGGAUCUCUGAGAGUCUAAGCAGAUCGUGAAGAGACAGCUGCGCCGUCUGGCUCUUCUUCCCGAAGUCUGAUCUUAUUCUUUUGUGCUGUCUGUGAAUGCCUCCUAGCCUGAGAGGGAGGUGAAGGUCGAGAAAUCCCUGGACUAAAGACAGCCUCUGUGGAGAGAGGCCUGGCCUCCUUAACUCACAAGCUUUCUCCAGAGUAUUAAUUGAGCACUUGCUGCAUACAGAGUCUGGAAUUUUCCCAGUGCUGGGUGGAACCACAUCUCUGGGCACACUCUCAUUUCCUUCCACUCAGCCAUGGAGGGGGAAGAGGUGGGGAUGGGGUUACUGUUCUCCAGUUCUUGAAGAAGGGGGUGCUGGCUCCCCAGUCUAGCUGAAGACCCUGGUAUCUCCUUUCCCAGCCUGCCCUCCCUGCCCCAGGAUCCUGCUGCAGGUCCCUAGAGUUCAGCUUCCCAGGCAGGGUUCCAUUUCACUGGUAAGCCUCCCCCUUCCCUAACCAGUUGAAUUCUCACAGCCCUGGGAGUGUGAUGUUGUCUGCACUGGGCAGAUGAGGAACAGUCUGGGAGAGGGCAAGGGACUGGCCCCAGGGCACACACCAGGCUUGCUGGCUCCUGGUCAGAGAUGGCUCUGGGAGCUCCUCCAUCUUUUGUCCCUACUGGGGUUGGGGUGAGAGGCAGGGGGCAGUGGCUUACCUGCCCACAUCCUUGGGAGUCUGUUGUCAAGGAGGUAACAGCAUGUGUGGUCGUGGCAGGGCCUGGGCAAGGGCCAGGAGAUCAGAGUCAGAGGCCUGGGCCCGACCCUGCAUCCCCAAUUGCCAGAGCUGUCCAUGGGAAGCCCCCCAGGUAGUAGGUACUGCUUCCUUGCCCACAGCACAAAUCCCCCUACCCACUGCCAAGGCAGGAAGAGGAAGUGGCCAGGUCAGGGCUGGCGAUAGGUCCUGGGGCCGAGGAGGGGAAGCUCCCGUGGCCACUUCUCAGCAGGAGGAGGCAAAGCUCACUCCUUCUGCCCACCACGCGGGAAGGGCGUGGAGGCCUGUGGGUGGGGAUGGUCUUGGUGAAAGUAGGGCAAGUUCCUGCCCUCUGUUAGGGGGUGUGGAGGGUGGCGCUGCCCAAGGUGGAGGCAAGUGUGGGAAAGGGGCUGUGCAUUUCCACUUCCUCCAUCCCCCAUUUACCCAAAUGAACGAUGGUGGACAUUGGCUGCCCAUUUGGGGCCUGCCCUGGGCUAGUUACUAUUGAAGAUGCAUGAAGGCCCCCCUGCCGAGGCUGGGGAGACAGGACCUUGCCCUCAUGUUCACACAUAGCUGGAGGAAGGAUGAGUCAGCGCAUAAGUCCCCGGGCCCAUAAGGUCUGACUUGGAGGGGCAAAGGCCUAGUGAGUGCUUCAGAAAGCAUCCUGUGUGAAGACCCCUUUCUAAUGGGAGAUAUGGCAGCCUCUCCUAACCGUAGCUGUGCCCUGCGUGUGUCGAUAGAACAAAGACAUAAUGGGAAACAGGCACUGUUCUCCGAUUUCAGCAACACACACUCGAAUGAAUCUGUACUCGAUGAAUUCCAGCAGCAUCUGCGUCCAUGUGAAUAAAGAUGCCCUGUAUCCAAGCCCAAUAUGGGACACCAGCACCGAGCCCAGGACCCCGAGACCACCUGGCAAGCGACCCCCUGACCCCUGAGCUCAGCAAGCCCACCAUGGACCUGGCUAGCCCCGAGGCAGCCCCCACGGCCCCCACUGCCCUGCCCAGCUUCAGCACCUUCAUGGAUGGCUACACAGGGGAGUUUGACACCUUCCUCUACCAGCUGCCAGGAACAGCGCAGCCGUGCUCCUCGGCCUCCUCUUCAGCCUCCUCCACAUCCUCCUCCUCGGCCACCUCCCCUGCCUCUGCUUCCUUCAAGUUUGAGGACUUCCAGGUGUACGGCUGCUAUCCUGGCCCCCUGAGCGCUCCCCUGGAUGAGACCCUCUCCUCCAGUGGCUCCGACUACUAUGGCAGCCCCUGCUCAGCGCCGUCCCCAUCCACGCCCAGCUUCCAGCCACCCCAGCUCUCUCCCUGGGAUGGCUCCUUCGGCCCCUUCUCACCCAGCCAGACGUACGAAGGCCUGCGGGCAUGGACAGAGCAACUGCCCAAGGCUUCCGGGCAUGCCCAUCCUCCGGCCUUCUUUUCCUUCAGCCCCCCUACUGGCCCCAGCCCCAGCCUUGCCCCAAGCCCCCUGAAGCUGUUCCCUUCACAGGCCACCUGCCAGCUGGGGGAGAGAGAAAGUUAUUCCGUAUCAACGGCUUUCCCAGGCCUGGCGCCCACUUCUCCACAACUUGAUGGCCCAGGGAUGCUGGAUGCGCCCGUGCCAUCGGCCAAGGCCCGCAGUGGGGCUCCGGGUGGAAGCGAGGGCCGCUGUGCUGUGUGUGGGGACAAUGCUUCGUGCCAGCAUUACGGGGUCCGCACCUGCGAGGGCUGUAAGGGCUUCUUCAAGGUACUGGGCUGCCCUGAGUGCGGCUUUUUAUGGGAAGUGGGCAGGACUGGUCUCUUUUCCCAGCAGCGUCUCCGUGGUGGCCCCCCUGGGGUUCUCUUCCCAACUAGUCCUGCCCUUCAGGGAGGGGUUGCAUCUGCAGGGGGGCCACCCUCCUGGGCACUCACAGAUGGCAGAGGGCUGCCCGCAGAGGGGUGGUGAGAUACGGGCGAGGGUGCGGGCUACAGGGGUGCCCCCGGGAGGGCACAUGCUAAUGGCCAGCCUCUGGUUUUCCUCUGCCCGUCCUCCCCAACUCAAGGUCCUGAUGGGAAGGGGGCCCCAGGCACUCAUGUUCCUGGCGUGAGAUAAAAGGAUCUGGGAAGAGGGCUUGGUGCUUGAGGGCUGGGGGCGGGCUGGGGAACAGGCUGUAUGUUUGUCCCAGCUCUGGGUGCCUGCUCAGCUUCCCGUCCCCAACCCCCACCCCUCCUCUGCCCUCUCUCGUCUGUCCCAGGGAAGACACAUUGAGAGGUGCAGGUAUCUGCGCUGCCAGGGAGCCCCGAACCCCUGGCCCCUAAUCUUGGGUCCUGGGGGGGAUCUCCCUCUUUAGGCAGAAACCUCCCCCAAUGUCCCCAAGAUUUUCUUCUCCCCCCCACCCCCCGCCAUCUCUCCCUCCCCUGCCACCCAAAUGUUAGAAAAAUAGCUGUGAACAGAGAGUGCUUUUGUCUGUGAUGGCAGCAGGAUCUGGACG